AUGCAAUCACUAGUUUCAUCGGCUAGAUUUCCUUCAGCUUCCAUUUUACAUAAGAAGAAGUCUUCAGAUUUUCAUAGUCUUAAUUCUAAUUUGACUAGAGUGCAAUCUCCGUCUGGGAAUAAAAUGAAUUAGGCAUUUGGUCGAUGUCAGACAAUGAAAACUUUGAAUAGUGAAAGAGACCCAGUUGAGAUUACAAUCUCAUUAAUUUUAAAUGGCCAGAAAUUUAUUGUGCCCAUCAGCAUUUACUAAAACACCACUGAUUUAUAUAAGAAAUUAAUUGCAAAGGUACUACAAGUGAAUCCAUCUAUUGUAAAUAAAAUAAAACACUUUCAAACACACUCUAGCGUUAAGAAUUACAACAUUGAUUACUACUUAUCACUUGAACUUAAGCCGUUAGAAGUAUUUGAAGAAUAAAGACAUUUGAAAUUAGAACCUUAUUACUCAAACCCAGUUGGCAAUCAAAUGAGUAUCGAAGAUUACGAUAUACUGAAAUGUAUAGGUGUAGGUGGAUUUUCAAGAGUAUAUUUGGUGAGAAAGAGAGACAAUGGAUUAUUUUAUGCAAUGAAACUCAUUGACAAAAACUUCAUAUUAAAGUCUAAUAAGGAAAUAAUUAUUUGUAAUGAAAAGUAUGUUAUGGAACAUUUAAACUCGCAAUAUUUGGCUAAAUUAUUCUAUUCUUUUGAAACAAAAUUCUAUCUUGUUUUUGUGAUGGAAUAUUGUGCAGGAGGUGAACUAUUUUUUCAUUUGAGAAAAUGGAAAAGAUUGACAGAACCAUUAGCAAAGCAAUAUUUUGUUUAGGUUUGUUUAGCAAUCAACGAGUUGCACAAAUUCGGAAUCGUCUAUAGAGAUAUCAAACCAGAAAAUAUAUUAUUAGAUUUAGAUGGGUAUAUAAGACUAUCAGAUUUCGGUUUAUCUAAGCCGAAUAUGAACAGAGAUGAGACAGCCUAUUCAUUUUGUGGAUCACCUGAAUAUAUGUCUCCAGAGAUGUUAAAGAGAGAAGGACAUAAUUUUAUGGUGGAUAUUUAUUGUUUAGGUGCAUUACUCUAUGAAUUUAUAUUCGGAUCACCUCCUUUUUAUUGCAGGAACAUCGACUAAAUUUAUAAUAGUAUUUUAAAUGAUAAAGUUUAAUUCCCUCCCUUUAAAGAUAUCAAUCCAGACCUUAAGGACUUGAUUUCUAGUUUAUUGAUAAAAGAUCCAUCCAAACGGUUGGGAGCAUAGGAUGGAAUAAGAGCAAUUUUAUAGCACAGAUGGUUUUAAGGUUGCGACAUUGAAGCUUUAGUGAAAAGAAGAUGCGAGAUCAGUUAUAAACCGAUGCCAUUAAAGUAUAAUUUUGAUGAAAUGGAAUUCAGCAAAGGGGAUAAUGAAUUUUUGAAAAGGCUCUAUGAUAAUCUGAGAUUAGAAAAAUAGGGUAAAUUUACUCGUUCAUUUCCUCAUUUUGAAUAUACUAAUAAAAGAAUGAUAGAUUACAGACAGGUUAUUCUAGACCAAUUAACAAAAUCAAGUCAGAUUUAAGGAUAAUAAGGAUUGCCAAAGAAGUAAUAGAAGACUCAAAUAUGUGUAUCGCCAGUAUCUUAAGUGAAGGAACAUUCAAACAUUUUAAAAUUGAUUUCGGGAUCAUUCAAGUAAUCGUCUCAGGGUAAAAGGUUCAAUACAGAUACAGACCUCAUUCAAUUGAUGAAGUAAGUGUGA